AUGCAAUAUCCAAAUAGUGUGAAUCUCACACUAACUUUAGGCAAAACUUUUGACAUAACCUAUGUUAGAUUGAAGUUCAUUUCUCCACGACCAGAGUCUUUUGCUAUAUACAAGAAGACAUCAUUAGAUGAUGAUUGGGUACCGUGGCAGUUCUAUUCGGGGUCUUGUCGUGCCACAUAUGGUCUUCCAGACAAGGCUCCGAUUCUCCCGGGUAAUGAAGCUGUUGCUCAGUGUACCAAGGAAUUCUCUGACAUCUCACCAAUCACCGGCGGAAAUAUCGCCUUCUCCACGCUUGAGGGCAGGCCGUCAGCACAUGCUUUCGAGGAUAGCGAUGUGUUGCAGCAAUGGGUGACUGCAUCAGCCAUCAAAAUUGUCUUGAAUCGGAUGAACACCUUCGGUGACGAGGUUUUUGGUGAUCCACAAGUACUGAGGAGUUAUUACUACGCAAUAUCCGACUUUGCAGUCGGAGGCCGUUGUAAAUGCAAUGGUCACGCGUCGGAAUGCGUUCGUUCCUCCAGUGUAGAUGGUGAAAAUAGGCUUGUUUGUCGUUGUGAGCACAACACGCAAGGAGCCGAUUGUGACCAGUGCCUGCCGUUCUACAACGAUCGGCCGUGGAGACCAGGAACCGCCAGCGAAGCGAACGAGUGCAUAGGUGACUUUCGUUGUAGCAGUGUUUCAAGGAAGAUUGGGCCC